AUGGUGGUGGAGGUGGAGAGCUUCUAUGGUGUCUACCUCUUAUAUUGCACCAACCCAAAAUACAAAGGGCGCGUCUACAUCGGCUUCACGGUGAACCCAGAGAGGCGCAUCCAGCAACACAAUGGGGGCAAGCACAAAGGUGGAGCCUGGAAGACGAGUGGAAGAGGGCCCUGGGACAUGGUCCUGAUUGUUCAUGGUUUCCCCAAUGAUAUUGCAGCCCUGAGGUUUGAGUGGGCAUGGCAGCACCCCCACGUGUCCCGCAGGCUGACCCACGUGCCACGUAAGACAAAGAAACAGUCCAGUUUUGACUUCCACCUGACGGUCCUCUAUCACAUGCUUCGUGUGGCCCCGUGGAAUCGCCUACCACUCACCCUGCGUUGGCUGCGACAGGAGUACCAUAGGGAGCUGCCCCCUCUGCUCCAGCCUCCUCUUCACAUGCCCAUGGCUUUUGGGCAGGUGAGGGCACGUCCCAUCUCUAAAACACAAGGAGAGAAGGGCCAAGGGGGGGAAGGGACUGCUCAGCUACCCCCACCACAGCGAUGCCGGGUGUGCUACGAUAAAGUGCAGAGUGAAGAGGACGCCCUGCGCUGCUUCCAUCCCGGCUGCACUCUGACCGCACAUAUCAUUUGUCUGGCUAAACUCUUCCUCCUGAAACAGCCACAACAGCUUCUCCCCGUGGAGGGUCCGUGUCCAAGUUGUGGAAAUUCUGUGCUGUGGGGGGAUCUGAUCCGACACAAGAAAGGCUGCUAUGGAGAUCUGGAGGAAGUUUCAAAUUCCCAGGUACACAAAUAUUGA